AUGCGUAAUACUCAAGGACGAUGCCGGCACCACAACCACGGAAUCGAGGUCGUCGGUCGUCACGACGUUACGCACAAAAGCAAAACAAAUCGACCUUCCUUCACCUCGACCACCGUGCGCCAGCCGAAGGAAGAAAAAAAAGGAAGAGUUGGAUUGGGAUCAUCGAGUCUCCGUUGCAGCAGGGGCACAUCCAUGACGACGUCGGCUUCUUCCGAAGAGAGAGGCAUUGACCUGGGCCGGGCGGGCCGAGGCACGCAGGCCGCCCAAGACGAACGCCAACUCUGGCUCUCUGACCGCCAGCACUUCGGCUAA